AUGAGUUCUGUUUCCCGUCGAUCAGCAUUACUUAUCGAUAGUUUUAAACGUGUGCAUAAUUAUUUGCGUAUAUCAUUGACAGAACGGUGUAAUUUAAGAUGUCAAUAUUGUAUGCCAGAAAAGGGAGUUGAACUGUCUCCUUCAAAUCACAUAUUGAAUACAAAUGAAAUAUUACGUCUUGUUCGUAUUUUUACUGAACAUGGUGGAAUUAAUAAAAUUCGUUUAACUGGAGGAGAACCAACUAUUCGUAAAGAUCUUGUUGACAUUGUACAUGGUAUACGUUCGUAUCCAUCAAUGAAAACAAUUGGAAUAACAACAAAUGGUGUUCUUUUACAUCGUUUACUUAAACCACUUGCACAAGCUGGCCUUAAUUCAUUAAAUAUAUCACUUGACUCAUUAGUUGCAGAAAAAUUUGAAUUUCUAACACGACGUGCAGCAUUCGCCCGUGUUUUAACCAAUAUACGUUUAGCAUUGGAUAUUCCAAAUUUAUAUCCACUUGUGAAAAUAAAUUGUGUUGUAAUGCAAGGAGUAAAUACUGAUGAAUUGAUUGAUUUUGUUGAACUAACUCGUGAUCAACCCAAUUUAGCUGUACGUUUUAUUGAAUAUAUGCCAUUUAGCGAUAAUAAAUGGAGUAACAAAAAGUAUUUUCCAUAUGAAGAAAUGCUAAAAAUAAUAAAACAAAAAUAUGAUUUAGAAAAACUUAUUCAAGAAGAUAAAAAUGAUACAACCAAAUGGUAUCAAGUGAAAGAUAAUGCUUAUUCGGGAAAAGUCGGUUUUAUUACGUCUAUGAGUGAGCAUUUUUGUUCGACUUGCAAUAGAGUCAGAGUUACGGCUGAUGGACAAUUGAAAGUUUGUUUAUUUGAUAAUAAGGAAGUAUCAUUGCGUGAUGCUCUUCGAUCAGGUUUAAGUGAUGAAGAAAUAUAUUCAUUAAUACAACGAACAUUAUAUAAAAAAGAAAAAGAACAUUUGUCAGUGGAUAUUUUAUCAACACAAGAGAAUCGUCCAAUGAUUCUAAUCGGUGGAUAA